UCUAUAUCAAUCCUUUAUCCUUCCACUCAUUCUUAGCCACAUACUUCCAAAGAUAAUAUGGAAACAGAAAGCCUGGAAGACGGACUUUUAGCAGCAAAGUCUAGUGUAGAACUACCGAGUGAUUCCAAAGCAACACCUACUGUUGUGCUCAGCUCCAUGGUCGCCUUAUGUGGUUCACUUACAAUCGGGUGUUCUUCAGGAUUUUCAUCCCCAGCUGAAUCUGGAAUUAUGGAAGAAUUGGAUCUCUCUGUUGCAGCUUAUUCAGUUUUCGGUUCAAUAUUGACAGCAGGAGGAAUAGUAGGUGCACUUGUUAAUGGAAAAUUAGCAGAUGUUAUUGGUAGAAGAGGUACAUUGUGGUUCUCUGAGAUAUUUAGUAUUGCAGGGUGGCUUGCUAUAGCAUUUGCAAAGAAUGCUUGGUGGCUAGACCUUGGAAGACUGUCACUGGGAUUUGGCAAUGGGCUUAUUGGCUACGUGGUUCCCAUAUAUAUUGCAGAAAUAACCCCUAAGAACUUUCGAGGAGGAUUUACGUCUGCUAAUCAGCUGAUGAUAUGUUGCGGCAUUUCACUGAUGUAUUUCAUUGGAAAUGUCACUACUUGGCGCAUUUUAGCCUUAAUUGGUGCCAUUCCAUGUGUACUCGAACUUAUAGGCUUAUUCUUGAUUCCAGAAUCUCCUAGAUGGCUGGCUAAAAUCGGUAAAGAGAAAGAGUUUGAAAGUUCCCUACAACGCCUUAGAGGCAGGAAUGCUGAUAUAUCUGAAGAAGCAGCUGACAUCAGAGAUUAUACAGAAGCCUUCAAACAACAUUCAAAUUCUAGAUUUCUGGACUUGUUCCAGAGCAGAUACGUUCAUUCACUUAUCGUUGGAGCUGGGCUGAUGUUACUCGUACAGUUUGGAGGGAACAAUGCCAUUGCUGCUUAUUCAAGCUCUAUAUUCAAUGAAGCUGGUUUUUCAACUAGUAUUGGGACUAUAUCAAUGGCUAUCAUCCAGAUCCCAGCAACUGUUGCAAGUGUACUCUUAACAGAUAAAUUAGGAAGACGACCACUUUUAUUGAUAUCUGCUGCUGGAAUGUGCUUGAGUUGCUUCCUUAUAGGCUUCUCAUUCUGGUUUCAGGACCUCCACCAGUGGAAGGAGCUCACUCCCAUUUUGGUUUAUAUUGGCAUAAUGGGAUAUUCUGUAGCUUACUCAAUAGGGAUGGCUGGAAUACCAUGGGUCAUUGUCUCAGAGGUAUUUCCCAUUCAUGUUAAGGGUUCAGCUGGAAGCCUAGUGUCUUUAGUAAACUGGUCAUGUUCUUGGAUUAUAACAUACAGUUUCAAUUUUAUGAUGGAAUGGAGCUCAGCAGGAACAUUUUUCAUAUACAUGGGCAUUUGCGGUUCAGCUGUUUUAUUUGUUGCAAAGUUAGUACCAGAAACAAAGGGGCGAGUGCUAGAAGAAAUACAAGCAUCAAUUACCCAUUCCCUCCAAUAAGAUGACUUUCCAUUCUGUAUAUCAAGGAAACAAGUACAUUUAUCAUAAAAUGUUGGAAGGUGUCCUUUAUUUUCUGUAUAUAUACUUGGAGUUGGAGGUCUGUUGAGCCUAUAUGGACUUUGUUAUACUAGAGGUUUGGGGUCUAGGGUAAUGUGGUACAAUGAGAUAGAAUGCAAUAGAAACAAAGAAACCAAGGACCUCUAAUGAGGAACAAAGUUCCCUUUUGGCAUUUGUACAAAUUAGGAUCACCUACUUUGAUAGCAUUAUAAUUACUAAUUUAUCUAAAAGUUUAAGUUAUUAGAAAAUGAAAAAUUUAAUCAUUUAAUUAAUAAUCUAGCAGUCAUAUUUCCGA